AUGGUCUUAUUCUGUUUUCUUCCUUUCUCAGUCUUUAACUUCCUUUCUUUCAGGUUUUCUUCUUUUCCUAUUCCUUUUAUACUUUCUUACAUUGGCUCAAUUCUUUUGUUUCUUUCUUUUUCAUCCUUGUCUUCUUCUUCUAUUUCUCUUUCUUUCUCCUUUUCUUUAUUGCAUUUUCUUCUUUACCUCAAACUCAUUCUUUUCCUUCUUUACAUUGAUUUUUUUCUAUUUUUCACUCUUUCCAAUUCCUUUUCUUUCUCUUUAUUUUUCAAUUCCUACAUUUUUCUCUACACUAUUUCUUCUUUUUCUUUCUUUUCAUUUCUCUUUGCUUUUUUUUUUUUAUCUUUUUUCCUUCAUUCCAUUCCUACAUUUGCAGUCAUCUUCUUUUAUUAUUCCUUCACCUACCAACUUAUUGACUAUCUUCUUUUUCUUUUAUCAUCCAUCGCUCUUGUUUCUUAUUCAUUUUCUAUAUCCUUCAUCUCCUGUUUUUCUCUUUUUCCUUUUAUUACUUUUUUUUUCAUCUUUCUUGCUUUUGCCAUUUGUUAUUUUACUUUUGUUCAUUCUUUCUUCUUAUUCAGUUAUCAUGUUUUUUUUUUUCCUUACCUUUUUAUUUCUUUUUCUCUUGACUCACUUUCUCCUUGUCAUUCCUUUUUUUUUUCUUUCUCUUUCUCUAUCAUAUUUUUUUUUCUGUUUUCUCUUGCUUUCUUUAUUCUUUUCCUUCUUUUAUCCUUUCUGUUAUCUCUCUCUCUCUCUCUCUCUCUGUAUUUGUUUACUUAUCUUCUCUUUUUUUCUUUUGUGUCUAUUACAUUUUUUGUUUCUUUUCUCUUAUUUAAUUCUUGUCUUUUUCAUUUAACAUUUCUCUCUCUAAUUUCCCCCUUUUACCUAUCUUUCCAACCUGUACAUCAUUUUUUAACUUUUCCUUUCUUUUCUUCUUAUUCCUUUCUAUGA